GUUGAGUGUGCGCCCGGGACAUUUAAGGCGACUGCUGGCGAUGGGACGUGUCGUGCGCACAGGACGUGUGAGGACACGGAGUAUGAGACGGUUGCGCCGACGAGCUCAUCUGACCGGCAGUGCAAAUGAUGAGUACCAGAUGAAGGGGUGCAACGUGUUGCAAGACACGGAGUGUGCGACGCUGACGACGUGCAGCAGCACGCAGUUUGAGGUUGAGGCGCCGACAGCGACGCGUGACCGCCGGUGCAAGGACCUGACGGCGUGCCAGCCUGGGGAGUACGAGUGCACGGCAGCGACGCUGACGACGGACCGCGAGUGCUGCGGGGUGACGCAGUGUGUGCCGGGCAGCGAGGAGACGUCCGCGCCGACGGCGACGUCUGAUCGGGAGUGCCGGCAGUGUGUUGCGGGCACGACGGAUGCUGACGGAAGCGGGACGACGCCCUGUGUUGCGUGCAGUGCCGGGCACUAUGUGCCGCGCGGACGCACUGGCGGGUGUGCGGCGUUUGAGUGCGCGGCGGGCCACGUGGACCAGGACGAGGAUGCUGCGACGGCGUGCAAGUUGUGCGAGGCAGGCGUAAACUAUGCCGGGAGCGCUGGGCUGACGAGGUGCACGUCUGUGAGCGAGUGCGGCGCUGGCGAGGAGGAGACGAGCGCGCCGACAGCGUCAACGGACCGGGUGUGCAGCACGUGCGCGUCUGGGAAGUUCAAGGCGACAACUGGGCAGACGCCGUGCCAGCCUGUGUCGACGUGCGAGGAGGACGAGUACGUGUACCGUGCGGCGACUGUGAGCACGGACACGCAGUGCCGAGCGCUGACGGCGUGCAGUGAUGAGCAGUAUGAGACGCGCGCGCCGACAGUGAACAGCGACCGGGAGUGCACGGGGCUGACGACGUGCGGGAGCGGCGAGUACGAGACGCGCGCGCCGACGGCGACGACGGAUCGCAAGUGCGCGAGUGUGACGCAGUGCGACUCGACGCAGUUUGUGGUGUCGAAGCCGACGGCGACAACGGACCGGGACUGCGCUGAGUGCGACCGGUGCGACAGCGGGACGCAGUAUGAGACGGCGACGUGCACGGCGACGACGAACAGGGUGUGUGCGGACCUGACGGUGUGUGCGGACACGGAGUACGAGUCUGUUGCCGCGACGGACUCGAGCGACCGCAAGUGCUCGAGCUGCCGGGAAUGCACGUCGUCUGAGUAUCUUAUGUCUGGGUGCAGCGAGAGCGCGAAUGCUGUGUGCAAGGCGUGCACUGAGUGCCCAAGCGGGGACGUUUGUGUUCGACGGCGUGCACGCCGCUUGCUGAUGCCCAGUGCACGGAAUUGCACGCGGUGCGGGAGCGGGUACUUUGUGCAGUGGCGUGCACGAGCGAGGUGA